CUACAGUUAGUUAUGUAACGAAAUAUACCGUUAAUAGCCUACUGGUGAUUUGAUUGGAUAGAUGAUGAGACGGGUGAUCAGAAAGAAGUAAAUGUAUUUGCAUGAAUAGGACAAGGAGAGAGGAAAAGAGAGAGGAUUGCACAUCUGGAAAUGUUGGUAUUCGUCAUUCGAUAUUUUCAGCAUCUGAAUUGAACAACACAUUUUGUUGUACAACGCUGUCUGGAAAACAUCUCCCUUCCCUCUGGCAAAAGAAUCGCAGCUGGCUUAUCUAGGGGAAAUCUCUCAGAUCUGCCUCCAGGACAAGACUCAUCCCAAUAAACAUCCAACUGUAGAAGAGUCACACCAUUUCACCACUGUGUUUCAGUUGGACAGACUGGACAGAGUGCAGCCGACACAGCGACGGUGUGAGUGGAGCAGAGAGAACCGAGGAUGGGGGGCGGAGGUCAGCAGACGGAGUCAAGCGAGCCGGCCAAGGGUGACGGGGUUGGGCCCGGUGGAGGGCGAGGUGGCAGUGCAGUCUACACCUGGGAAGAGGUCCAGAAGCACUGCCACAGAAGCGACCAGUGGUUGGUCAUCGACAGGAAGGUCUAUAAUAUUACCCAGUGGGCGAAGAGACACCCGGGGGGCAUCAGGGUCAUCAGUCACUUUGCUGGAGAAGAUGCCACGGAAGCAUUUUCCGCGUUCCAUCCCGAUCCUAAUUUUGUCAGGAAGUUUCUGAAGCCGUUGCUGAUUGGAGAGCUGGCACCGACAGAGCCCAGCCAGGACCAGGGGAAAAACGCAGUACUGGUGCAGGACUUCCAGGCCCUGCGUGACCAAGUGGAGAGUGAGGGUCUCCUCCGUGCCAGCCCCCUCUUCUUCAGCCUCUACCUGGGCCACAUCCUGCUACUAGAGGCCCUGGCUUUGGGCCUGCUCUGGGUCUGGGGGACCAGCUGGAGCCUCACACUGCUCUGUUCCCUCAUGCUGGCCACGUCUCAGGCCCAAGCUGGCUGGCUGCAGCAUGACUACGGCCACCUGUCAGUCUGCAAGACAUCCGGCUGGAACCACAAACUGCACAAGUUUGUCAUUGGACACCUAAAGGGUGCCUCUGCUAACUGGUGGAACCAUCGUCACUUCCAGCACCACGCUAAGCCCAACGUGUUUAGUAAAGAUCCUGAUAUCAACUCACUACAUGUCUUCGUCCUGGGAGACAAACAGCCUGUAGAGUAUGGUAUAAAGAAGUUGAAGUACAUGCCCUACCAUCACCAACACCAGUACUUCUUCCUCAUUGGACCCCCACUAAUCGUUCCAGUGUUUUUCAACAUCCAGAUAUUCCGGACCAUGUUUUCACAACGAGACUGGGUGGAUCUGACGUGGUCGAUGAGUUUCUACCUUCGCUUCUUCUGCUGUUACUAUCCAUUCUUUGGUUUCUUUGGCUCAGUAGCAUUGAUCAGCUUCGUCAGGUUUUUGGAAAGCCACUGGUUUGUAUGGGUGACCCAGAUGAGUCACCUUCCUAUGGAGAUGGAUCACGAGCGACAACAGGACUGGCUCACCAUGCAGUUGAGUGCUACUUGCAACAUUGAACAGUCAACCUUCAACGACUGGUUCAGUGGACACCUCAACUUUCAGAUUGAACACCAUCUGUUUCCUACCAUGCCCCGUCAUAACUACCACCUGGUGGCUCCUCUGGUCCGUGCUUUGUGUGAGAAACAUGGAGUUCCCUACCAGGUCAAGACUUUGCAGAAAGGCAUGACUGAUGUUGUCAGGUCACUGAAGAAGUCAGGGGAUCUGUGGCUGGAUGCGUAUCUCCAUAAAUAAAUCCCUUCCUGACUCUGGACGGGAUUUAAUCCAUCGCAGAUUAACGACCUGCGAACAGAGAGGACAUUUCCUGGAUGUUUUUGAUAAUAAUGAUCACUGCAAACAUUAUUGUGAUAUAAUUGUUUUAAAUCUUGUCAGCAGUGAAUGGGGAUCCAUAGCAUAAAUAGAGGGUUUAUAUAGUAGGGCCAGGCGUUUAAAAAAAACAAAAAAACAAUUUAUUGACCAAAAUUCCCAGCAUUAUCCACUGGGUUUGAUGCAGGCAGAAAAUCCUAGGAAAUGCUCUGUAAUUGACACAAGGCUCAGUCAUUCCAGUCUGGUUGUCCCUUCGUUUCUGGUGGAGGGAUCGCCUGAACCAGGGGAGGCGCAGCAUAUGAAUCUUUAUUUCACAAAAACUAUUAUUUGGCAGGGAAUUCUAUUUGUAGAUCAGUGAUUUUACACCUCGUUUUUCUCAAGCUGAUCGCCUCCCAACAGACUCAAUCCCUGAUCACAGGAGGUUAUAUAAAUGGGGCAAUUAGGACACUUAAAGGGGAAAGACUAUGAAUCAAAGCAGACAAUAUAAGUGUACAAUAAAACAUCUCUAUCGCUUGAAAUUCCCCGCUGGGAUGUUCUUUGCAGACAACAAUAUUUUCUGCAAAACCUGCAAUUUAGCGUCACAUUUUAAAUGGAAAAACAGGAUAGAUAGGAUAGACAGCCAUCUGACAUAAUUAUGCCGUCUCAGAAGAAUGCUUCAACCUUGAAACGUUGUGGGGGAUAUAUAGUGAAACAGUCUCGUCCUUACAUAACAAGACAACAUCAAUCAACAACAAUAUUUCACGACGUCUUGGUUGUCUGUUAAUUAACAAAUGGGUAUGAUAGGCAUUUUUGUAUCCGAAAAUGUAGAGGGUGGAAUAUAGACUAUUUUCAGAAUACUAAUGGCUCGCCUAUUUCCAUUUACUAUAGAAAUAACACCUUUUAUCCAUCUCUGUUAAGACGUCAGUAUCUGGAGAGAUGCGCUUCUCCGCCUCCACAAGGUUCAUGUAAAAGCGCAGCUACUCGGAGUGAUAUUCUAACACUGUCGAAUAGAUCUCUGCCUGUAAAUACACUCUAUCAGCCAGAACAACUUUAACAUCUUCACCCAGCUCUCAUACACAAUGUGUGACAGUGGAUUUGUCCGUUACUAUGGAGAUGCUUUCCGUUUUGUGUUUUUUACCGGAGACUGCGCCUCGGUUCUUUAAGUGUCUUAAUGAAGGUGCGCAAUUUGGGAUUGUCAACUUUUUUGAGCGGGAUGUUGGCGCUUGCAAAAGCCAUAUCCUCACAAUUUAUUCUAUAGCAAAUUAAAAUGCCUACUUGGUUCUGAAUUGUGUUACAUUUUCUUACAUAAAAUACCUAUCAUUCCCAUAAUAAUGUUAAUACCAGGCAAUGAAUAAGUAAAAUAUGUAUGUCGAUAAUGUCCUUAUAAGACGCUAAUAACUGCUGAUGAGAAUAAUUGUUGGUGAUUAUUUCAUUUGAAGUCAAUCCACAUGGUUGGGAAUUGAUUUUGGACUUAUUGGAUAUUUAUGUUUAUAUGAUCAUGGUGUGAGAAAGUGCUUAUAUCAGCAACUUGAGGUCAGUUUAUCGAAAUGCGGGUUAGGAAAACAACAACCGAAACGCCUUAAUUAUUGGUGACUAGAUAGACUAUUCCUCCCCAAACGGAAAAAAUACAUUGAUAUAUAUUUUAAAUAUAUGUUUAAGCCUUAUAUUACAUAUAUUUAAAUAUAUCGACAUAUUACAAAAUUGCCCUUUUUUAUAUUUCUACAAAUAUGUUUAUAUCUUUAAAUAUCUGGAAAUACAUUUUGAUAGCGUGCUGUGGUAGCUAGUAAAAUACUUUACCAAUUAUAUUUCAUAAAUAUAUUUUGCCAUAUUUUAAUGAAUUGAAAUGUUUGCCUUUUACCUGAAUACUGUUGCUAGGCUACAUUAAAAUCCAUUGCAUAACA